UAGCGUAUAACAAAACAAUAAGACAGUUGUUAGAAUAUAUUUCUUAUUUUUAGACUUCAUUGACAGUUUUUACUGUUCGAUUGAAUCAUCAAACCUUAUCCUAGCAAGUAAGUUGAUAAUUUUAUUUAUUCUGGAGAAUAUUCUGUAAUUUUUAGCGUAUAACAAAACAAUAAGACAGUUUUUAGAAUAUAUUCCUUAUUUUUAGAAUGUCUGAUAGUGAGGACAGCUAUAUGGCGAUCUCUGAGAGUGGAUCAGAGUCCUACAUCCCUUCCAUCGACGACUCUAGCAGCUCGGACGACUCGGGAAGAGAUGCUGCUAGGUCGUGGUGUGCUGCUGACACCAGUACAUUUCCUAAUCCUCCUCCACGGUUUCCAUUCACUGGAACUCCUGGGUGUCGGUUUUCUAAAAUUCACAUAACUGAACCUUUAGAUUACUUUAAUUUAUAUUUCGAUAACGAAUUAAUGAACGAAAUCACUACUGAAACGAAUAGAUACGCCCUAUCAAAACCGCAGACAUCCAGGAGCCAGUGGAAUCCUGCUUCCGUGGAGGAAAUGUUUAUGUUUUUGAGUGUUAUCUUACUGCAAGGAAUAAUUCAUAAACCGGAUGAGAGAAUGUAUUGGACCACGAACGAAACACUUGCGACUCCAAUUUUUCGAAGAAUAAUGGCAAGAAAUCGUUUUUUGGAAAUAAAACAAAAUUUGCAUUUUAGUAAUAAUGAAAAUUAUAAUCCACGAACUCAUCCAAACCCUAAACUAAAUAAAAUUUGGCCAAUAGUUCAAAAUUUAUGUUCAAAAUUUUCGCGUCUGUAUGUCCCAGAAAGGGAUAUAGUGGUGGAUGAGAGUUUGAUGCUGUUCAAAGGACGUCUUUCGUGGAGACAAUACAUGCCUCUCAAACGGUCUCGUUUCGGUGUGAAAUUCUACAUGUUAUGCGAGUCCGUAUCUGGCUACUUAUAUAAUUUCAUAAUUUAUACCGGAAAAGAUACAGUUUUCAAUCAAAAAUAUAAAGAUAUGCCUAUUACAUCAAGAAUUGUCUUAUCAUUAGCGGACUCGUUGUUAGGCAAGGGCUAUUGUCUAACAACAGAUAAUUUUUAUUCUUCCCCACAUUUAGCUGAUUAUCUGGUUACGGUCCAAACAGAUUUCUAUGGAACUGUGAGGACGACCAGACAACAGAUCCCAGCUGAGGUUAGAAAUAAAAAAUUGAAAAAGGGAGAAACAGUGGCGAUGCAGAGGGGUAAAGUGAUGGCUUUGAAGUGGCAAGACAAAAGAGCCGUCACUUUACUCUCUACGGUCCACAAUCCAUCAAUGGUAAGAAAACAAACUCAUGCCGGUAAAAUAGUUGUAAAGCCACAGGUUGUUGUCGACUAUAACGACACAAUGGGAGGUGUUGAUGUAUUAGAUCAGCAUCUUCGAGAUUAUCCAGUGGCGAGAAAAAGAGGGAAGAAAUUUUACAAAAAAGUAUUUUUCCAUCUAUUAGAUAUUUGUACUUUUAAUGCUUUUGUUUUACAUGAAAAAAAUGGUGGCGUACUAAGUCAUCUAGACUUUAGAAUUAACAUUAUUGAAACAAUUAUAGAAAAGUAUCACACCGAAACGAGGGUUACAAAACAUGGUCAGCCGAGAACUUCAGGUCCGAGAAUUCCAGGUCCACUUAGACUUACGGAAAGACAUUUCCCGGACCUUCUUUCGGAGACCGACAAAAAAAAGGCUCCCACUAGACGCUGUGCCGUAUGCAAAACUAAGCAUGACGGUGCAGGCAAAAGAAUAAGAAAGGAAACGCGAUAUUUUUGCAAAGAUUGCGAUGUGCCAUUGUGUGCAGCACCCUGUUUCCGAAUAUAUCAUACAAUGGAAAAAUUUUAAAAAAGUUAUUCUUAUUUUUUUACAUAAGAAUUUCACGUACAAAUUUUAGAUUAAUAUUUAAUCGUUAUGUUAAAAUAGUUUUUGC